AUGCGCACACAUCAUACGCAACACAGUCUCCCUGCCUUUCCUGUUUAUUCAGCUGCGUUCGUAGGUGAACAUAAGCUUGUACUCGGAGGUGGCGGCGGUUCCGCGCGUUCUGGAAUUAAGAAUAGGCUGAGGUUAUUUCAUAUCCCGAAUGACGAAAAGCUAGAGUUACUUUCCGAACUAGAGCUGGAGAAAGAUGAGGACGCGCCGAUGAGUAUGAUUGCGGAUGCAGAGGGCUCGCGGAUUGUUUGUGGAAUCAACAGUGCGACUGAAGAACUAGACAAGGGUAUCAACCAGAACUGUAGAGUUUUCAGUAUUGCCAAGGACAGAUUCGAACUCGCUGGCGUGGCCAGCACAUUACAUGUUACUCGAGAUAAUAUGGAGGAGUGCCAGAAAGUUACUGCUCUCUCCCCAGGACGAACGCUUGUUGCAGCUGCCGGGACCAAAGACCUGGCGGUCUUAUCAUAUCCUUCGCUCACACCAGCCGCGAAGCCACUUAAAACAAAACACGAAAUCUACGACGCGUCCUUCUCGCCUACAUCACUGGUAGUUGCAACAACAGAUGAACUUCUGGUCUAUGCUUUACCGUCCGCUGCGGCUCCUCCCUCUUCACCUCCUGGAACAAAGACCAGGAGCAAGCAAAAACAAAAGCAGAAAGCACAAAAAGGAAAGGCGGAGAGUGUGAAGGAGUUGAAGUUGCUGGAGACCGUUGAACGACCUGCCCUACCGGGGUUGAAUGGGGUGACUACGACGUUCCGCGCUGUACGUUUUCACCCAUCAAGGAAUAAUGUCGUCUUCACAGUACAAAAUACUUCAAAUACGGGCGUACGGAAAAGAGGUUCGAGGAUGCCACCGAAGCAGGGUUUCGUAUGUCGGUGGAAUACGGAUAACUGGAAGAUCGUAAGGUCACGAAAAGUUAGCGAGAAAGGGAUAACUUGCUUCGACGUCAGUCCGGAUGGGAGGUUCUUAGCAUACGGGUCGGCCGAUUAUGCUAUUGGGAUCCUGGAUUCCACCACUUUAGCAGUGCGUCACUUCAUUCCUCCACAUCCUCUCUUGACAGUGCUCAGAGCACACGAAUUCCCACCGACCGUGCUUCGUUUCAACCCAACUUCGACACUCCUCGUCUCAGGUAGUGCGGAUAACUCUAUUCGGGCGGUUGCUAUUCCUGAGGGUCUAGCUGGGACAAAGUGGACAGUGGUGCAAGUUCUUCUGAUCACUCUUCUCGUUCUAUCAGUAUCUAUUCUUAUUUCUUAUGCCAUUUCUUCUGGGAAGCUCAAGUUUUAA